GCUAUUACGUUUUUAAUAUUGGUUAGUUCACUUAGCUUUGAUGAUAUAUUAGGUCAAACAUACGCUAUUUAUAUUAUUGCCAUAGCUGGAGCAGAAUCCGCUAUAGGUUUAGGAAUUUUAGUAGCUUUUUAUAGAUUCGUCUUUUUUCAAAUCAAACCAUCUAUCCUUUAA